AUGUUCCAAAGACAGCCGGGGCCUUGCAGACUCAUCAACACACCCAAAGGGUGCUACUUUGGCAAGAAGUGCAAGUUCUCUCACGACGUCGAGGCCUCUGGAGGAAGAAGCCAAACGUCAAGUGCUCCUUCCGCUUCCCGCACGGCCGGCCCUCCCGCCGACCACGUUCCUCGACCGUCUCCUCGACAGCCUCCUCGUCGUCCCACCAACGUGCCGUCCGGUGUGUGUGACUUCUUCUGGGGGAGCGGAGCGUGUGCGAGGGGGUUCGAGUGUCGCUUCAAGCACGUUAGAGGGGAGGGGGAGGCGGUCGCCAGCGUUCCAGACGAGGAGAACGGUGCUGCGGUAGAUGCUGCCGACGACACCCCGCUCGAUAUCUUCUCACCGGAAGGCCUUGCCGCCGGCGCCGGGGGCGUGCAGCAAAAGCACCAGCUCGACCCGAGCGAGGUCCACAACUACCUCCAGGAGUUCCUUCGCGAUGGCUUUGCCUUCACCUCUCCCAAGAGGGUGCAGGCGUUCGUCCGUAUCCUGGCCAGCGUCAACGACGGCAACAAGGCAUGGAACACGGACAGCGCGCAAGAACUAUCGCGUGUACUAGUCAAAGGAAAUGGACUGCGCCGGAUCGAGGAUGUGCUUCGCUUCAGCCCCGUCACAACGAGUGUGGGCACUCCGGCAUCUGCAGCGCUCUCUUUCCAGAGGGGAUACUUCCCACUCGUCCAGUUUCUUGCUUCCGACCUGGUGUUGAAGUCGACCCUGCAUCAAAACGUGAAUGCACUGUACUCAGCUGUGCUCAACAACCACGAUGCCGUCUUUGCCACCCUCCAGCGCUGCAUCUCGGAAAUGAUGACCGUGAAGUCGUGGAAGGAUCACACGACUACAUCCCAGCAGAGCCAUCUCAACGGCCUUACGAUGUUCAGAGCCCUCUCCACCGUGCUCCUCCAGUACUUCCAGCGCUUCAGAAACAGUAUCCGUGAACACGACAACAUUCCCUCAUUUGUUCAAGACCUCGCGUCCCAUUUUAACAACUGGGCGGACGACGUCUGCUCGAACAGCCCGCGGUUCGAGGACUCCAUCACCGCGGUCCCGGCGCAGACCAGGAACCUCGUGAUCACCCACGUCCGGGACGAAAUCGCCCGUCUCGGAGCCAUCGUGGAGCGCGAGUCCGGGGUCGUGAUGAAGCUCCAACUCGUGCUGCCCCAGUCCGCUCUCACUUCCGCACAGAAGAGACAGGCGUGGAUCGCGCAGCUCGCGUUCGUGUACGACCCCCCGGGCGCCCUGCGCGCGAGCGGCCCGCGGCACGACAACGACCACGAGCUCAUCCGGGACAUCGCGAUCGCGCCGACGCACGACGAGAUCUUCGCCGCCGACGCGCCGUACCUGCCCGUCUUCAGCCCGGACGCGGAGCACCACCUCCCCGCGGACUCGAUGGACCGCCACCUCGACAUCCAGUUCCGGCUCCUGCGCGAAGAGCUCAUCUCGACCACGCGCACCUCGCUCACCGUCCUGCACGACGACCUCGUCCGCGCGCGGUCUCCCUCCCGAAAACCGGGCGACGCGCCGACCCAGCUCGAGAAGCUCCUGGCGGUCGGAGGCGGCGCUUACCGCACGACCGGGCCCGACUCCGCCUACUUCCAGCUCUACACCGGCGCCGAGCUCCUCCCGCAGCCGCCGUCCGCGACGCGGCGCGGACUCGCCGUUGCCCUCAGGCUCGACGCGCCCCCCGCCAGCACGGCACGCGACGCCAACGCCGACAAGCGCGCGGAGUUCUGGGCGCGCGGGAAGCGCCUGCAGAACGCGGGCCUCGUCGCGCUCGUCGUCGUCGCCGACGGGGCCGCGCGCGCGCACCUGGGCACGGUGACGUCGUCCGCGCGGGACCUCGCGGACUCGGCGCGCGGGAAGGACGACUGGGUCGCGGUCAGCGUCGCGUUCUUCGACGCGGAGGUCGAGCUCAUGGCGCUCCGCGGGGAGCGGCUGUCGGGCCCGCGGGGGAGCGGGCGGUUCGCAGUGCUGGUCGACGGCGGGGUGCUGUUCGACGCGGUGCGGCCGUUCCUGCGUAAGCUGCAGACGGUCGAGCCGACGGCGAUCCCGUUCGCGCGGUACAUCGCGAGGGGCCCGUCGCUGGCGGGGGUCGAGGUGCAGCCGCCGCUGUACGCGCGCCAGCCGCUGUUCAAGUUCCGGCUGCAGUGUCUGGCGAGGGAGGGGAUGACGAUCGCGGACUUGGACGUCGGGAUCCCGAAGUCUGUCGAGCGCGCGCGCGAUCAGCUGAGGCGGCUGAGCGUGUUGGACCCCAGCCAAGCGGAGGCGGUCGUUGAUACGUUCGUGAGAGAGAUAUCGCUCAUACAAGGUCCUCCGGGAACUGGGAAGAGUUAUACGGCGAAAGAGAUCAUUCGCGUGUUCAUCUCGAGCGAGGUCCGGCCUAUAGUCCUGAUCGCCUUCACAAACCACGCACUCGAUCAUAUGGUGGAGUCUGUCCUCGACGGCGGCAUCACGGACAAGAUCGUGCGGCUCGGCAAUCGCUCCGACAACGAGAAGGUCGCGCAGUUCUCUCUAGACAAGAUAGAGAGAAGUGGGAGGGCGGAACGCGGGACAUCGGCGUUCGACCGGUCGAUCGGCGGCCAGUUCCGCAUCAUGAAAGAGUUGGAAGAAGAGAUGACGAGGACGAUGAUGAAUAUCCGGCUCCCGCGCGUCAACUGGCACAGGAUGGAAGAGUACCUGGACGAGCACCACCGCGCGCAUGCGGACUCGAUACGUACUCCGCCGACCUGGAUCGCACGCUUUCAUGAGAUGAAGAAGUCCGAGGAAGAAGUCGCGGGAGAGUUCCACGACGUGCAACGCAAGAAGGCGAAGAGGGCCGCGUUCGUCGACGCGGCGUUGCAUCGCACGAUGUACGGCCUGUGGAGGAAGGGCGAGGACAUUGCGUUCCUCUCUCAGCCGAAGCCCAAGAAGUCCAAGAAAGGUAAAAAGACGGCAACGGAUGGCAACAAGGGGAACCCGACAGCUGCUAACGAGAUCGCCGACGAGGCCCGUCUCUACUUGACCGAUCCAGACUCGUUUUUUCGGUUUAUCGGGGAACGCCAGCCGACUGUACCCCGCAAAAACCGGUGCGUAGAGGUGUUGAAGGCGACCUGCGACAUGUGGUCGAUGUCGCAGGCCGAGCGCACGAUGCUUGCGGAGGCAUUGGAAGACGAUGUUCGCAAAGAGGCGUAUCGUACGGAGGGGAUCCAGUACGCGAAGCUAAAGAAAGAGUAUGAGGAGGCGUGCGAAGAGUAUGACCAGAUGCGCGAGGAGAUACGGCGUCGCAUACUCAGUGACUCCGACCUGAUUGCUUGCACUACCACAGGAACAUAUACCACCUCAUCAUCUAACGCUACACUGCAGAGCGUCCGGCCGAGAGUGCUGAUGGUGGAAGAGGCUGGUCAGGUGCUAGAAGCUCAUAUUCUUGCGUCACUCGUUCCGUCAGUUCACCACCUCAUCUGCAUUGGCGAUCCGCAACAGCUUCGUCCCACUCUCGCCAACUACACGCUUUCGAUGGACAGUAACAUCGGAAAAGAGCUGUAUAGGCUCGACAAGUCACUCAUGGAGCGACUUCACGACAAUCAAUACCCCAUGUCCCAAAUCAACGUUCAGCGCCGGAUGCGCCCAGAGGUCUCGCAUUUCAUCAGAACGAUCUUGUAUCCUAAACUGGAAGACAACGCGCUCGUCCUCGAGUAUCCGCACGUUCGAGGGAUGCAGAAAGACGUGUUCUUCCUUGACCACCAGCACAAAGAGAAUGGGACUGAAGACUCGGUGUCCAAGCACAACAUGUACGAGGUGAAGAUGAUCAAGGAUCUCGUGCUUUACUUCCUCAAUCAAGGAACAUACAGCCAGGAAGGAGAUAUCGCCGUCCUGUGCGCGUAUCUUGGUCAGCUACAGAAGUUUCGUGCCGCGCUGUCCGGUCUGAAGGUCAAGGUCAUCCUGGAUGAACGCGACGAACAGCAGCUGGCAAAGCAAGAGCUCGACGAACAGCCCAGCGUCGAAGAAGUCUCCGUUACCCAGCAGCUACGUUCUGGUACCGUCGACAUCUUCCAGGGACGUGAAGCCAAGAUCGUCAUCGUGUCUCUGGUACGGAACUCAGGGCAAGCAGAACCCAGCAACAGAUCGUCGAUAGGGUUCCUGAAAAGCGUAAACCGCAUCAACGUAGCUCUCUCCCGCGCGAAACACGGCUUGUAUGUUCUCGGCAACACCGCGGACUUGCGACAAAAUGAUACAUGGGCCACCAUCCUGACCGAGAUGGAAGCGCACGAUCAGAUCGGCAGCGCAUUCCCCACCAUCUGUCCCCGCCACCCCGAACAGGUGAAUCUCAUCUCUCAGCCGGGGGUGCUGACUCGAGUCGCGCCUGCCGGAGGCUGUCUGCGCAAAUGCAAUCUUCCAAUGCCGUGCGGUCAUACUUGCACAGCCGUGUGUCACGCAGUUCUCGACGACCAUCGCUCGGCGUCGUGUCCCGCCCCUUGUACCCGCACACCUUGCGCACGCGCCCAUCCUUGUCCUAAGCGCUGUUCGGAUGACUGUGGUGACUGCGUCUUUCCCGUGUACAAGGUCUCGCUCCCGUGUGGGCAUACGGCCCCUGUCCUCGAAUGUCAUGUCGUGGAUAACAUCGCCGAGUACAACAGUUGUAGUGUUCGGGUCCGCAAGCAGGUCCCCGACUGUCAGCAUUGGGCGGUCAUGCCCUGUCACCAGGAUCCUUCGACUCACAUGUGCAAGGAACGCUGCAACGCAACGCUACCGUGCUGCAAGAAGCAGUGCGAAGCGAAGUGUCAUGAAUGCAAGAACCUACCUCCCGUGGAGGAGCCGGAAUCGAGCGCGACACCGACGGCGGUGCAUAUGCCACACAAUUGUGGGCGCAAGCUCUACUGCCAACAUCCAUACCACAGCACGGACGUGACAUGUCAGCGUCACUGGUGUCGUCGUCAGUGCCUCCAUCAGCCGUGUACGAAGCCCUGCUCUGUUCCGUGCGAGCCCUGCAUGGAGCCCUGCGCGUGGGUAUGCGAACACGUGGCUUGUCCUCUUCCGUGCAGCGCAGUCUGUAUCCGUCUUCCUUGCGACGAGCCAUGUCAAGAAACCUUGUCGUGUGGACACCCUUGUCCAUCUGUUUGUGGUGAACCAUGCGCGGUCCAGACAUGCGCACGGUGUCUCCUUGAGAAUGCUGAACGAAAAAAGCGCCUCGACUACGUCAACUUGCUCACUCUCGCGCAGAUUAAUCUCCAUUCCACCAACAUCGAGGAGCGCCUCAUCACCCUGACUUGUGGUCACAUAUUCACCGUAGAGACUCUGGACAGUCUAUGCAACAUGCGCCUUUUCUACGAAAUCGACCCGGCCACAGGCCAGUAUCUCUCCUUCAAGGCGCCUCCGCCUGCCUACCAGGCCAUGCCGUUGUGUCCUCGAUGCCAAGGCCCCGUCACCGCGCUCCGCUACGGCCGGGUCACCAAACGCGCCACGAUGGACAUCAUGGAGCAGAACGUCGCGCACACCAUGUCCAAGCACGUCGACGCCUGCGCCGCCGCGGUCCAGAACCUGAUCGCGAACACUCUCCCGAAGCUCAAAUCCAAAGUAGCGUCCCUCAAAACCGACUCUCUAUCCACCGCGGCUCCACCGGCAGCAGCAGACGCGGCGCCCAUCGAGCAAGCCGAGAUGCUCCCCACGCACGUCCUCCGCACCGGCAGCUUCCCAGGAGCAUCGGAGGGCCUCGCGGACCACGACGCGCGCGCGUGGGCCACGCUCGUCGGCCCCGCGCUCGCCGUCUACGACCGCGCGCUCGCGCUCUCGGCGACGCCCAGCGCGCACGCCACUGCGCACGCCGCCGCGCGGCAGACGCUCGCGGAGCUCGCGCGCCAGAUGCUCACGACCAAGCCCACCGCCAACACCGACGCGCUCGAGGCGGACGCGCUCGCGGCGCUGGCGCAGCCGCCGCCGCACGCGGGCACGCGGUUCCGGAUCGAGGCGUGCGUCCUCGCGCUGCAGGUGCGCGCGGGGCUCGCCGAGGUCGCGAAGGCGCGCGCGAAGGGCCUGGGCGGGGAGCGGCGGGAACGGUGGGAGGGGUUUGUCGGUCUGCUGUACCGGACGUGCGCGGUGGACGCGGAGAAGGUGCGCGAGGUCGCGGAGGAGGCGAAGGCGGCGCGCCAGGCGGCGCGGGCGGCGGUCUUGAACGUCGGCUUCACGUUCGAGCGCGUGCGGUGGGAGGACGUGUGCGAGCGGGCGGGGCUGGAGCGGUCGAGGGCGCUCGACCGGGUGAAGAAGAUGGAGAUGAGGAGGAAGAUCCAAAGGACGAGAGAUCUCAUUUCGCAGGUUGGAGAGCACAUCGAGAGGCGGUAUCUCGAUCACCGUGGGCUUGGAGAGCGCGAUGCGGAUGCUGCGGAGGCGCGGUGGUUGGACGAGCAAGUGUGGAAGAAGAUCAAUGUUUGGAAGAGCGACUGCGACAACUUCGAUGCGGCCUUGGCCGAAAACAGGAAGUACGACCCGGGCUCUAGCAUGCACGUGGGAGACGUUAUGCGCCUCCUCAGUUUCAGUGAGUAA